UGCGUCCUCCGCUUCUUGGAUAUGCCUUGAUAAUUUUUGUUCACUCGCAUAUACACUCUAUCCGUCUCUGUCUGUACCAUAUCAUUGAAUGAACGACCGGUCAUGGAGGCUUGGUUCGUCGCCAUCGUUUCCCUCCUUCUCUGUCUUCUCCUCAGAGCUUUCUUCAACCUUCUCUUCCCCUCUCGCUCCCCUCCUCUUCCUCCUGGCCCUCCCCGUCUUCCCAUCAUCGGUUCUUCGAUUCUUCUCCGCAAAUCAUUCUCCGAGCUCGAACCUCUUCUCCUAAACCUUCGUGCCAAGUACGGACCCAUCUUCACUCUCCCCCUCGGCUUUCGUCCUCCUAUAUUCAUCGCCGAUCGUUCUCUCGCCCACCAGGCCCUCGUUCAAAACGGCGCCGUCUUCUCUAGCCGCCCCAAGUCCCUUCCCUCCGCUAGGGUCAUCAACUGCAACCAACAUACCAUCAACUCUGCUCCCUACGGCCCAACAUGGCGUGUGCUUCGUCGCAACCUCACUUCCGAGAUGCUUCACCCGACCCGGAUCAAAGCCUUCUCGGGUACCCGAAAAUGGGUUCUGGACGAGCUCCUCAAUCGCCUCAGGUCUGAUUCGGAAUCAAGCAAGUCCAUUAAGGUGAUUGAUCAUCUCCACUACGCUAUGUUCUGCUUGCUGGUAUUCAUGUGCUUCGGUGAGAGGGUAGGCGACAAGCAAAUCAAAGAUAUCGAAUAUGUUGAGCGUCGUUUACUUACGAGCUUCACAAGAUUCAAUAUGCUAAAUUUCUGGCCCAGUGUUACCCGAAUCUUGUUCCACAAGCGUUGGGAGGAAUUGUUCCAAAUUCUCACGGAACGAAAAGAUGUGUUGAUUCCGCUAAUAAGAGCGAGAAAGAAAGCCAAGGAAGAGAAGAUGAGCAGAACUGAUGGGGAGGACAAUAACAACAGAGAUGAAGUUACAGUAUCAUACGUGGAUACAUUGUUGGAUUUGCAGUUGCCAGAGGAGAAGCGCAAGCUUGAAGAAGGUGAACUCGUUUCUCUGUGUUCUGAGUUUCUCAAUGCAGGGACGGACACGACGGCGACGGCUUUGCAGUGGAUUAUGGCAAACCUGGUGAAGUAUCCACAUAUGCAACAAAGGCUUGUAGAGGAAAUAAGAGACGUGGUGGGUGAGAGGGAGGACAAGGAAGUGAAAGAGGAAGACUUGAUGAGAUUGCCAUAUCUGAAGGCUGUGAUUUUGGAAGGAUUAAGGCGUCAUCCACCUGGACAUUUUCUGCUACCUCACGCAGUGACAGAGGAUGUGGUUUUGAAUGGUUACUUAGUGCCUAAGAAUGGGAGUGUAAAUGUCAUGGUGGCGGAGAUGGGAUGGGAUCCAAAAGAGUGGGAAAAUCCAAUGGAAUUCAAGCCAGAGAGGUUCCUGAACAGUGAAAAAGAUGGAGGUGAAGUAUUCGAUAUUACGGGAAGGAAAGAGAUAAAGAUGAUGCCUUUUGGGGUAGGAAGAAGGAUAUGUCCUGGUUAUAAUUUGGCACUGCUUCAUUUGGAGUACUUUGUAGCUAAUCUAGUUUGGAAUUUUGAGUGGAAGCCAGCAGCUGCAAAUGGUGAUGUUGAUCUAUCAGAGAAACAUGUAUUCACCAUUGUAAUGAAAAAUCCAUUGCAAGUUCAUAUAUCUCCGAGGAUUUAACCCUAUCGAGUGGAAUUUUCAUGUCUCUUGAGGAAUAUGGUUUCCCCUGCUUUCUAGGGUCCUAUGAUUAAUAUUAAUGCAUCUGAACAUGUGGCAUGAAUACUGUCAAUAGAUCUCAAAUUGUGGUUGAUUAGGUGACCUUAGUUUUUGGAUUCAAACAUUGUAUUAGGGUCUCUAUUUUUCACACAACAUACUUGCAGAUGUGUGCUUGAAUUUCUCUCCCGAUAUAAAUGGAGUAUAAUAGUAUAUUAUCGGAGAUAAACAUGAGAACAAAAUUUCUAGUUUAAUUCGCUGUUGCUCUUUAUGUAUUAAUAUACAGAAAAGGAAUCGUGGUUUACUUCGAGGAA